UUCUCUCUAAUUACGGCUCUUCAAAAAGUUCUUUGUCCUCAAAUCCAACACUCAUCUCUGCAACUCAAACACCCGUCAUUUCUUUUUUCUUCCUCCCUUCAAUCUUUCUUCCGAGAAAAAAAAUGAAUAAUGGCCACGAUAUCUAUAAUCAGCGACGAAAGCAGAGUUUUCCUGACGAAGAAGAUAGUUGUUCCAACGAUGAAAAACCCAUUUCGGAUUCAACCCACAAGAGAAAAACUCGAACCAUGCCGGAAUUUUACACCGACGGCCGUAUAAGGAGGAAGAUUUCCAGCCCCAUGGAGGCUUCCACUAUCAGGACGGAAACCAAAUCCGGGUCGGAUAAGCUGUUAUGGUGGGAUGAGUGUGACGGACCUGAUUACCCGGAAGAUGAAUUCAAAAAGGAGUUUAGGAUGAGCAAAUCAACGUUCGAGUUCAUUUGUUCCGAGCUGAACUCCGUUAUCCGCGACGAAAAAGACGUCACCAUUAAGCAGCGAGUGGCGGUUUGCAUUUUUCGGUUGGCCAUGGGCGAACCGUUUCGACUCGUCUCGAAACGGUUCGGUUUAUCCAUUCAGACGUGCCGUGAAUCUGUCCUCGAGGUCUGUUCGGCCAUACGCACCGUUUUGAUGCCGAAGUACUUACGGUGGCCUGAUGCGAACUCGUUACGGAAAACAAAACAAGAGUUCGAAGCCAUCUCGUGCAUACCAAACGUCGUCGGAUCAAUGCACACAGCCCAUAUCCCGGUGUCACCCCCGCCGGCGCCAUCGCUGGCCGCGUAUUUGAACAAAAACCAAACGGAAAAGGACGGGAAAACAUCUUACACAUUAACAGUACAAGGCGUAGUCGACCAUAGUGGGGUUUUCACCGACGUUUGCAUGGGGUGGCCGGGAUCGAUGACCGACGAUCAAGUGCUGCAAACAUCAGCUUUACACCAAAGAGCAAACGGUGGGUUUUUGAAUGGAGUUUGGGUGGUGGGGAGCAAAGGGUAUCCAUUAAUGGACUGGGUUUUGGUUCCUUAUAAUCAACGAGGGUUAACAUGGACGCAACAUGUGUUUAACGAGAAGAUUAGUGAGAUUCAGAGAGUUGCUAAAGAAGCGUUCAUGAGAUUGAAAGGGAGAUGGUGUUGUUUGCAGAAGAGGAGUGAUUUCAAGUUGCAGGAUUUGAGUGUUGUUGUUGGAGCCUGUUGUGUUUUGCAUAAUAUUUGUGAAAUGAGAGGUGAUGGGUUUGAGUGUGAGUGUGAAUGGGGAUCUGAGUUUGUUGUUGUUGAAGAUGAUGAUGAGAUGGUGGGUGAAGUUGAUUUGAGAUCGGUGAGUUCCAUGGAAGCCAGAGAUGCUAUUGCUCAUAACCUUUUACACCAUGCAAUAUGCUAUUAAUUGUAAUUUUUUUUAUGGAUGUGUCACAUUGUAGA